AUGAAGGACGGAGGUAAGAUCACAACUUGCAAAGAUUGCCAUCAACAAAAGGACGAUGGUAAGAUCAAUGCUGCAAAGAUCACCACCAUCAAUGAAAGAAUGACAAAAAUGGAGAUUCUAUCAUCUUUUGCAAUUUCUAAAACUAUUCUUGCAAUAUUAUCUUUUGUUUUGCUUUCCAAUAUUCCCUCUCAAACACAAGGGUAUCUUCUUCCUAAGCAGAAGUCGGCUCAAUAUAACAUAUCUACUUUACAGAUUGGAGAAGCAACUACAACUGACUCUAUAUUAAAAUUUCUAAAUUCUUCAAGAUUUCCAAAUCGAAAAUCAUUUCCAAAUGGAUUUUUAUUUGGUACCGGAUCUUCGGCCCUACAGAUUGAAGGAGGAUGUCAUGAAGGAGGAAGAGGACUUGGUAUAUGGGAUGAUAUAUUUAGUGAUGUUGACAAAUUUCCAUCAAAAAUAGAACAUUACAAGAGAUAUAAGGAGGAUGUUCAACAUUUAAAGAAACUUGGAAUAAAUUCUUACAGAAUGUCUAUCUCUUGGAGUAGAGUGAUGCCAGAUGGAACCUUAAAAGGAGGUAUAAAUCAAGAAGGUAUCAACUUCUACACCAACUUGAUUGAUGAAUUACUCGAAAAUGGUAUUGAACCUUUUGUGGGUAUCAUGCACUUUGACUAUCCAUUAGCCCUUAAACAAAAGCACGGUGGCUUCUUAAAUCGAUCUAUUGUAAAAUAUUAUAAGGAUUAUAGUGAGCUCUUAUUCAAAACAUAUGGAGAUCGAGUAAAACAUUGGACUACAAUCAAUGAGGCAGAAGUCACUGCUAUAUUUCAAUUCAUGCUCAAUAUUGAUAAUGUAUCUACUGAUGAGGCACAACAAGGGGGGGAAAUUGGAUUUGCUCUUUCAUCCGGAAGAUAUGUUCCUUAUAGUUCAAAAUCAGAGGAUGUUGCUGCUACUCAGAGAUUGAUGGAUUUCUACUGGGGAUGGAUUUUAGACCCAGUGUUCUAUGGUGAUUAUCCAACAAUAAUGAAAGAGUAUGUGGGGAAUAGACUACCAAAAUUCACUAAAAAGGAGAAAUAUAUGUUAAAAGGAAGCACUGACUUUGUCGGAAUCAAUUAUUAUACUUCUCGUUUUGCUAGACAUGAAUCAAAUAGAACCAAGAUUAUGUAUGACAAUUAUGACGCCUUAGCAGUUUCAGAAGCUUCUAAUAUAGACGGAAAAAUCCUUGGUUAUAAGGAUCAAUACGGUUGGAACAAUGUCUAUCCUGAAGGAUUAUAUAAUUUUUUAGUCUACAUUAAAGAAAAGUAUAAAAAUCCAAAAAUUUACAUCACAGAAAAUGGUAUUGCUUCUUCUAAAAUUUCAAAUCCAUUGAAGGAUGAGCAUCGAAUUGCUUAUGUUGCUGCACAUUUAAAUGCUACGAAGGCAGCAAUUGAUGAUGGCGUAAAUGUUCAAGGUUACUUUUUAUGGGCAGCAUUUGAUACAUUUGAAUUUCAAGCGGGAUAUUCUGGAAAUUGGGGUCUUUAUCAUAUUGAUUUUAAUGAUACUCUCAAGCGUAUACCAACUGAUGCAGCUAAAUGUUCUACUGUUGAUGACCAACCUAAUCCUAAGUCACCUAUGUCUCAUUCUAGUCUUGUACCUAGUUUUUCUCAACACACUUCUCACAUGUCUCAAUCCACUCAACCAGGUCCCCCACCUUUAAACACUCUAGUCAGGCCUAACCUUCAACUCAACAUCCAACCUAAUUUUUAA